UAUGAAAGAAAAUCCCUGAGGAAUCUAAAAACCUGGGCGGGCUUUAUUGUAGGCGAAUACUUCGGCAUUCUUCAAAUUUCUUCUUACAUUCCCUCUCAAUCAUCUUUCAUCCCAGACAGAUAAACCCUACAUUUCUUCCAAUUUCAUGUUUUUUUCAACCCAAGGUAUUUUCUUUCAUUCUUGAAUUAAAGGCUUAAAAGCAAGUGUUGGUAGUUAGGGGGUUAGUAUAAAAGGUUUUAGGUUGAUUGGCAACAUUGGUGAGGCGAAAGGUGACGUUGAAGGUGAAGUGAAAGAUACAAUAGAAAGAUGGACAUACCAGCUUUAUUGACUUCGGCUGGUAUGAACAUAGGCAUUUCGGUGGGGAUGUUCACGCUAUAUUCCAUAUUGAGAAAGCAACCACUCAAUGUUAAAGUUUACUUUGGCCAGCGGAUUGCUCAGGGGCGUACACGAAACGAGAAUCUUUGUUUUGAAAGAUUUGCUCCGUCCGCAAGUUGGAUUUUAAAAGCUUGGCAAGCGACAGAAGAAGACAUAUUUGCUUCUGGUGGCAUAGACGCCGUUGUGUUUCUUAGAAUUGUUGUUUUUAGUAUCCGUAUUUUCGCGAUUGCUACUAUCCUUUGCACUUUUCUUGUGCUUCCAUUGAAUUAUUUCGGGGAAGGUAUGGAAGGGAUCGAAGAUCCUACAGCCAUGGACUUAUUGACUAUUGGAAACGUCCGAGAAGGUUCAAGAUGGCUCUGGGCUCACUGCUUCACUCUGUAUGUUAUAUCCGCUUGCGCUUGCACUCUUCUAUACUUUGAGUAUGAAAACGUAGCUAGGAUGAGAACGGAGCAAGUACAAAGGUUUCCAACAAGACCAAGUAACUUCACAGUUGUCGUUCGUGGCAUCCCAUGGUCUUCAAUAGAGUCCUACAGCGAGUCUGUCGGGAAAUUCUUCAGCAAUUAUUACGCAUCCAGUUACAUUUCCCACCAAAUAGUCUAUCGGUUUGGUGCAGUUCAGCAACUUAUGGAGGAUGCAGAGAAGAUGUAUAAAGUUAUGACAACCGUCCCCGUAAUGGCAACGAUUCCCGAUAAGCAAUGCUGCGAACCGAAUGCUGAAAGGUGCGGGCUUUGCGGAGCAGGAGCAGGUUCAAACUCGUUUAAAAAGGUCGAUGGAGGAAGUACAUUCGCAAAUCGCAACGUGAAUGAUGAACUCAGAGAAAAGGAGUGUGAAGCUGCAUUGGUGUUCUUCAGGAGUAGAUUUGACGCUUUAGUGGUUUCACAAACGAUCCAGUCGGCAGAUCCUAUGUUAUGGGUGACAGAACUGGCGCCAGAACCACUCGACGUAUUCUGGCAAAACCUUUGCGUACCUUAUAAUCUGCUAUGGAUCCGUAAAAUAUCAGUAUUCAUUGCGUCCAUCGUGUUCAGCGUACUGUUCCUACUACCUACUACAUUUGUUCAAGGUCUGACCAAAAUACAAUAUCUCCAAAACGCGUUUCCGUUUCUAAGACGCGUAUCCGACAGGAGUUACAUCAACCUUAUUACCGGAUAUCUACCUAGUUUGGUGCUAACAGUGUUUCUAACAAUCGUCCCACCGCUAAUGAUGCUGUUUUCCACACUUGAGGGACGCGUGUCUCGGAGUACAAGGAAAAGAAGCGCGUGUGUGAAAGUCCUGAUAUUUAUGUUUUGGAACGUUUACUUCUCCAACAUUCUUUCGGGUUCGUGGAUUGAGCGAAUGGGUAAGCUUACAGUUACUAGUCCUAAAGACUUGGCUACCCUGCUUGCUGAGUUGAUACCGAGACAGGCUUCGUUCUUUAUGACGUAUGUAAUGACGUCAGGUUGGUCGGGGCUGACGUUUGAACUGUUGCAGCCCGUGCCCCUUGUUGGUAAUUGGUUGUUUAAAUGUGUUUUGAUGAAGGAAGAUGAUUUUGUUCGGCCCAUGACCUUUUCGUUCCACACCGAGGUUACGAGGGUCCUUCUGUUUGGACUCCUUGGCUUCACGUUUUGCAUCUUGGCACCGUUGAUCUUGCCUUUCUUGCUCGUUUACUUUUGCUUCGCUUUUCUUGUCUACCGAAAUCAGAUCAUGAAUGUUUAUUAUGUGAAAUACCAAACAGACGGAAGUUACUGGACUCUUGCACACAAUGCCACAAUCUUUUCUUUGAUACUAACACAAGUAGUUGCCGGAAUACUUUUCGGAAUGAAAAAGUCGAGCACUGCAUCAACCUGCACCAUCCCAUUGAUCAUCUGCACCGCCCUUUUUAACGUAUUCUGCAAGAACCGAUUUCUACCACUUUUCAAAAACCGCGCUGCACAAGAAGCUAUUGAGAUGGAUCGCGACGAUGAGAAAUCUGGAAAACUACAAGAGCUUGUCGAGAAAUUGCCUAAAGCGUAUAACCAGUUUGAGUUAUGUGGUGAUGAGAUGCAGCUGCCGCCAAAAGAAGACGACGAUAAGCAUUCUGACAAACCCAAGAAGAGCGGCAGCAGCAGCAGCAGCAGCAGUAGCAACGGUCUCGAAGAGUUGGAGAUUGUGCAACAGGAGAAUUUGCCGGGGACCUAAUUAACUCAAUCGGAAGCUGAAGAAAAAUAGUAUCCAUUAACUAGAAAUCCCCAAGUAUCUAAAAAUGGAUCGUGAAUCCCGUGCGUUGUUUGUUGUUGUACAGAAGAUUGUAUAUACCUCAAACUUGUAUGUAUUAAUUAUAAUAUCAUCCUAGCAUUCCAUUUUGAGGUAGAUAUGUCACAUGUUUUAGGAUUUUUAUUACUUAAAUCAUUUGUAUACAAAUAUUUGGUUUUUCA